ACCAUUAAGAUGAGAAGAGCUUCACAGAGUCGUUUGCAAACGCAAAUGUCAGAACCGUUGAUCGUGGUAGAAGAAUCCGAUGCUGUUGAAAAUAAUGAUAGAUUAAAUAAACAAAAUUGUUCUGAAGGCAGUUCUAGUGAAGGAUCUCCAACAAAUCCGUACCUUUUAUCGCCUUGGCGUCAAGAUGUGCGAAAACACUCUCUACCAACUCCUCAAUGUAGUGGAAUUACUGCGAGUCAAGUACGACGUUUGUCUGAAAGAAGCGGAGAAAGUGCAGCUCAGUCGGCCCGUGAAGCCGCUUUUCUCGCAACCUUAUCGACAAAUCCCGUUUCAUCGCCAGGAGGGCGUAGGCACUCGGUAGUUACCAUAUCGAAGGUACCUACGACUUUGUUUGGUCGAAAUAGAAGAGAAUCGGUCGCUGCCUCUCCUAGUCCUGGAGUCGGUAAUCGUGUUUUGUCAGCCAGAAGGGAAUCUUUCGCUGGCCCCCCUUCCACCGAACCUCGUGGUAGUUUACACAAUUUGCAGUUAGAUAUUAUGGAUGACAUCGUCCGUGCAAGAAAGGUGAGGAUGAAGAUGUGGAAUACGAGUAACGAAAAAGUGUGUGAAGUAGAAGCUCUAGACGACCAAGGUGGCGUGCAGCGUUAUACUAAUUCAUCCGGACGGCGGUACUCUGAUUUCGUAGGAACGACUUUAACACCAAUUCCAAGUUCGAGCAAACGUCGUGGUUCAGAACUUCCGCCGACGGCGGCAUCAACUUCAGGUUGCACCCAAGCAAGUAAGCUAUCGACUGGAAUUGUAUGCUCUAAUACUGAUUUAAUAUCUAUUUUGUCUUCUCGUACCUCUUCUGCGAUGGACAUCAACCAGUGUGAUUCAACAACAGAGCGGUCAAUUGCCAAAACAACUAAUCUAGAGCAGAAGCGCAGUCGACUGAAGAGCAGCAGGUCCAAUAGCUUUGACAUAUCGUCACUACAUAUUGGCGACAACUCGCAACAGUCCGAGGGUCAAAUUUUGUCUGCAGGUUCGUCAAAUUGGUUUAACAAUCGGCAUCAACCUAUCUCUGCAAAAACAAACACCUGUAAAGCGACGGCGCGUGUUACAUUUGCGAAUGAAAACGAAACGCUUAAUAAAAGAGAUAGUAGAAAUCAGCAACAACAACUGCGGAAGGAGGGUGAUGCCGUGUUAUGGGAUGAAAAAAGCGGGUCAACGGUUGAUCCUCAUUUACUUGGUAGUGCUAUAGAGGUAUUUUUGAGGCGAGGAGGACCUGAACCUGGUGAACAAUCGCCCACGUUACCGACGUCUGUUUCUUCUCCUAGUAAAGGGGCUAUACCUAAAACUGCAAGCAAAAAUACUGGGACUAAAUCGAAAACAGGUUGGUUUUCAGGUAAAGGAGAUGAGAGUGAUUUUACUGAAACCUGUGACUCUUCUACGCUCUGCUCAACGUUGAAAGACUUAUUCGUAAAGUAGAUUUCAAUCGACAUUCAUAAUAAAUUGACAAAUAAUAGAUCACACUUUCUAAGUGUUGUUGACUUACUGUUUUAAUAGUGUAGGACAACCGAUAUUGGCAUUACUUCAUCUUUGUACAUAUAAUAAGGGAUGGCAUUUACAGUUCCAAUUAUCAACUGAAGUGUGAGUUUUCUUUUGUAAAAGGGUUCAAUCAGUAAUCAAUAACUUACCUACCUGUAAAAUGCGUGUCGAAGCUCGAAACCAUGUUAGUUAAACAAGGUUAUUUAUACAUGCGAUGCAUUCCCACUAUUGGUAUCGAUUGAAAACAGAUUAAAUAAGUGGUAGUAGUAAAAUAUAUGGGUAUCAUAGGCGCUUUCUUUCGGCUACUUCGCAAUCAUGAUUUCUAGAUCGUGAUUAGUAGGAUCACGUUUUACGAAAGAACGCGCGAAUUUAAAUCAAAGUAUGGUUAAGUUUACGUAGUGCACAUUUGCAUUCGAAUUAUGUAUUUUUUGUUUGGAUUAUGAAAAUAAUUUAAAUACAAGUGGAAGUACCUGCACCCUGCACGAUUAUGCUCCGCUUCAGUUACAAAUAUUGACUAAUCUAACAUUUGAGCAAAAAUAUCCUUGCAUUUAUAGGAUAGGAAUUCUUGUCAAAAAAAUUUUAUUUUCAGUUUGUUCACGAUUUUAGCAAUCAUGAUUAUAAGAUCACACUUCGAAAAAACGUGAUUUGACUAUCCAAACGCGUUUGGAUCACCGAAAGAAAGCGCCCAAUAUAGUGUGCACGAAACGAAUAAAGCAUAGGCGCUUUGAAAUUUGUAAAUUCAUUGUUUCAGUUAUACCUAACGAACUAAACGAAAAAUUAAUAUGUAUAAAAAAUUUCUCGAUCUCGAGUUAGUCGAGGUACAGACGGAGAGACGGGCAGACGAACAUAGUCAAUGAUGUGAUGUGAGGAAAAUCCAUAAAGUUUUAGUGCUUGCAUAUUGUUAUGAACUUUCUAAGGUAUCUUCGAUGUUAAAAGUCACCUUAUCCGUGAAGAGAAAUAUAGACAACAAAUAGGUACCUACCCAUAAUUAACUGCAUUUCUAAAACGCCAACGCCAGAAUGUAGGUUACAGACCACAGAAAUGUGCCUUUCCAUGGAAAUUACUUUACCUCCCUUAAGGAGUUUUUGAUUAUUUUAUCUCCUGAAGACAGUAAAUGCACAGUUUGUUCCCGUAACUGAGGGAGCUAAAUUUGCUUUUCAGUAGAGCGCGGAGAUAAAAGAGCUUUCCAUUAACGAAUCAGACAUAAGGCAAUGCCAUUUCAAAUUUUUGGGGGUUGGUUCGGGGUCACAGUCGCAGGGGGAUAGAGGCUCGAGGUGCGCUCAUAUAUUAUUUUCCCCCUUAAGAACAUUUUAUAGGUUGGUUUAGGAAACAUUUUAAACGCUUGGCCCAUCGUUUGACUCUAUAACGAGUGGGUCUGAUGUGUGGAACUCCCUACAUCCCCUACACCCACUAUGACUCCUGGCCAGCCGGGUACCGGCCGAGGACUUAUCUUCCGGCUUGACAGUUGCGCGCCUCCGCGGUGGAUGUUGAGCGCCUAAAUGUAAGCCAAUGUGUUAUUAUAUUGCUUUCCUUAUUCUGCUCUCGUCUGUUCUCGGCCCUACUUUCGAUCUCUCUCGGUCGGUAAAUCAUGACACAUAGUUGUGAUCAGAGUUGGACUGGGUCACUGGGUCACUGGGUCAACUGGGUCACCUGGGUCACUAAAUUAAACUGGGU